AUGAAUGAUUCUAGGCAGCCGUCACUCUUUUUCAUCACCCUUCCAGAUUUACACAAACUCUGUGCUGUCAGGAUAGUAUUGAGCAAUAGGAUGGCAGAUUCAGAGGUUAGGAGUACACAAAUGAAGAUGUGCAGGCAAUUGCUGUUUUUGCACCAAGAUAUCCUUACAUCACCUGUGCCUGGAAUAUUUAACCAAAUUUGGGUGGUGAUGGCGAUACCAUUUUAUAAAGCUGGAAAACUUAGUGCAUAUAUUGAAAAAUAUGAAGCUAAGGUGGAGGCACCACAAAGAGUAAUUCCUGUGAUUCUUCAAAACUGCCUUUCAUAUACACUCACGGCUAGACUUGCUCCAGCCUGGAAUAAAACUGGCCAUCUCUUAGUUCAAGGAAGAGAGUUUCUUUCUCAGAUGGGAAAGCAAAGAGCUGUUGUAUUAAACAUCAAUGUAACAGAAACGCAAGUUUGUCUAAGUAUAGAAGCUUAUACAAUCAGACUGCCACCACCUGAGCUAAGAGAAUUUGAUAUUUCUCAGAGUAUCAUAAAGAAUUUUGAUACUCACAAGAAUGCUGUCAUUGAGGGACAUUCGAUUUUAAACAACUGGUGCUACGUUUUGCCAAGUAUGAAAAUGGGAAAGAUAUUAAGUAUUCUUCAUACGGCGCCCCCUGACUGCCCUUUUCGCUCAUAUGGAGAUUUCCAGAUGCACUGGGAUGACUUGUAUGGCUAUAAACUUCCAGAAGAUUGUGGAAAUAUUAAAAUAUACUGCAACAUCUACUUCAAAAUGAUAGGAGAAAGGAGCUUUACAUACCCUCUCAGUUGCAUCAGAAGCCAGCCCAUACAGUUCUUUCCAAGGGUAGAUUUGGAAGACGUGUUGAAAAGUUUUCUUUCAGAUUUAAAAUCUAAACUGCCCCACGUAUGUGGAUUUCCCAUAAAAAUGACAACGAAACCCUGCUACUACACUCAAGAGCUAACUAAACCACGUGUACAGGAAAACAAAGUAAAGGCACCCAAUCUGACCUCUAAACAAAUGUUCAGGUCCUGUCUGACCCAGGCCCCUUCCACACGACCCUCCCUGGCUCAACAUCUGCCGAGCUCAGUAGCCAUGGACCACAAGGUGGAGCGUUUGGUCAGCCAGCAGAAGCCCUGCAUGUCCUCAGCUCUGCCCCUCCAGCUGCAGUCCGUUCAGAGCAGAGCUAAGUCCCUAUCUGACAGGGCACUACAAGCUCACUCGGAAGUGCCAAAGCCUCCCAGAGGAGAUGAUCCUCAAGUCCAAGAUGAGAAUUUCAGCUCCCAAAGUAGUGUUGCCCCUCAAUUCAUACCAGUUUUCAAAAAUCAGUCUUUACAGAUGAACAAAAAUAUCUUAGAAACUGGAAACCUGAAAAGAAAACAAUAUGUUACAGAAUCUAAGUUGUUUUCACUUAAAACCAGUGUGAUCCAGGAUGACAAACUGAAUUUAAAUCCUUCUAAAAAAAAAGGAUCUAAUCGUAACACUCAGAUGAAUGCUAGAAAUUUAAACCAGAAACCUAGACCUCUGCAAAAGAAAAACACCGAAUCCUGUGAAAAUAUGACAAAAUCUCCACCCCCUAAUGGAAAAUCAUCAACUGUGAAUAUAAAUGAAAGUAAACAGUUGUCCGAUAGUUUAGGAUUUCAGAUGUCAAAUAAUAAUUUAGGUUUAAUUAAAAGUGCCAUUGACUUCCAAGUGAAUGGAAAAGAAAAUUUAAGAAGCAAAUAUGUAACACAAAUGUUAGGGAAAGGACACGAGUCACUAACAGUGAAAAGACAACCAUACAUUUUUGAAUCAGACACAGAAAUGGAAAAUGCCCCACUGCCACAGCAACAACCAGUAAAUCAGACUGAAGAAGCUGAUGUCAGUUACCACAGACUGAUUAUAAGCAGAACAGCUCACAGGUCUAAAAGAAAAUUAUGUCAGGACACUUCAAAAUCUUCAAAGAAGCCUCAUUCCAGUAAUACCUGUCAUGAGCAGUCCACCUCUUCUAGGAACCAGAUACAUGACUUGGCCAAAUCAAAACCUAAGAAAUCUCUCAUCAUUCCUAAAGCUUACAACAUGGACGCGAAAGAAGGCACUGUCCAUCAGGUUUUCCGUCCACAGAAACAGCACUCAGCAGUGUUGGUGGUGUUUGCUCAGUCACUGGAGGCAGAUUCUUUAUGUGCCAAAGAGCUGCCACCCGUCAUCCACUUCAGAGGCUGCCGUGGCGGUGUGGCAACAGAGGAUGGGGUGCUGUGGGACCACAUUCUCCCCACCACCCGAUCCACACGUGUGCCGGGUGCCGUGCUGGCGGCGGGGAUGCACAGGUGCACGCGGCAGUUCCGUGCGCUCCUGAACCCCAGCAUGACCGCUUCAUUUUCUUUGAACAAUACAGAUGCAGAAUUGGUAACGAGGAAGUUCUCGCACCAUGAAGACCAAGAACUUUCUACCUCGAGUCAGAUACCAUCUGCACAGUCCCGCUCAGAACCCAGCACCAUGCUGCGAAGACCAAGCACCGGGCGAGAACACACCCAGCCCACGGGCCAGCCUGUCAGCGAGGGCGCCAUCUUGGAAAUGGACCUUCCUGCCUCCUAG